AUGAAAUUCGCCGCCAGUCUUGCUCUUCUUGCCACCCCAGCUGCUGCCUUCUUCAACAAGGGACCAGCCAAGGUCGCAGCACCUGUUGUCCCAGCUUUCUCCGUCGAUACCAUCCCAGGAGCCAUCGACCCCACUGGUCUUUUCGACCCUCUUGGUUUCGCCGAGAAGGCCGAUGAAGCCACCCUCAAGAGAUACCGGGAAGCCGAGCUUACCCAUGGACGUGUCUCCAUGCUUGCCACCGUCGGUUUCCUCGUUGGCGAAGCUGUCGAGUCCAAGACCUUCCUUUUCAACGGCGAGAUCACUGGCCCAGCCAUCACCCACCUUGCCCAAGUCAACCCUACCUUCUGGUUGAUCCUUGGUGUUGGUAUUGCCCGUGCCGAGCUUGACCGCGCCGAAAUCGGCUGGGUCGAGCCUGAGAACACCCCUGUUGACAAGCCAGGUCUUCUUCGUGAGGAGUACAUCCCAGGAAACCUUGGAUUCGAUCCUCUUGGCUUGAAGCCCGAGGACCCAGAGGAAUUCUUUGCCAUGCAAACAAAGGAGCUACAAAACGGACGUCUUGCCAUGCUUGCCGCCGCUGGCUUCUUGGCCCAAGAACUUGUCGAUGGCAAGGGAAUCCUUGAGCACCUUGCUUAA